UUCUGUUGUUGAAUGUACCGUUCUGUCCAGAUUCGGGAUGGUACUCGUCAAGGAAUACCAAGUGGUGUUGCCAUGUUCCGUAGAAGAGUACCAGGUUGGCCAGCUGUACUCGGUUGCAGAGGCCAGCAAGAACAACACAGGGGGGGGAGAAGGGAUCGAAGUCCUCCGAAAUGAACCAUACGAGAAAGACGGGGAAAAGGGCCAAUAUACCCACAAGAUCUAUCACAUACACAGCAAGGUGCCCACUUUCAUUCAGAUGUUUGCCCCAGAAGGAGCUCUGGUCUUCCACGAGAAAGCCUGGAACGCCUACCCCUACUGCCGUACAAUUGUGACGAACGAAUACAUGAAAGACGACUUUUUCAUCAAGAUCGAGACCUGGCACAAACCGGACCUGGGAACAGCCGUUAAUCCUCACGGACUGCCCCCUGAAGAGUGGGAGGAGACUGAGGUUGUGCCGAUUGAUAUAGCAGAUCGCUCUCAGGUGGACGAUGUGGACUAUAAGCCAGACGAAGACCCAGCCCUCUUCCACUCCGAGAAAACUGGGAGAGGACCCCUGGGACCGGGAUGGAAGAAGGAGCUCCAUAACAGUAACUGUCCCUAUAUGACUGCAUAUAAACUGGUGACGGUGCAUUUCCGUUGGUGGGGGCUGCAAGGCCGAGUGGAGAACUUCAUUCACAAGCAGGAAAAGAGGCUGUUUACCAACUUCCACCGUCAGCUCUUCUGUUGGCUGGACCGCUGGGUUGACCUCAACAUGGACGAUAUCCGCAGGAUGGAGGAGGAGACGCAGAGGGAACUGGAUCAGAUGCGGAACGAGGGAACAGUUAGAGGGAUGAAAGCUGGAGAAGAUUAGAGAGAUCAAGGGGAGAGAGAGAGAGAGAGAAAAAAAAAAAAAGGCGGGAAAGAAGAAAGAAAUCUGGGGCUACUUUUAUUUUACCUCCUUUUCUGUCCUCACACGGCCAAUUACAGUGUGCCACAUAACCCAGCCCUUCCAAACAAGGAAACAGUCAUCCCUUACCCAGGAAGCAUCAUUAUCAUGUGCAAGCGUGUGUGUGUGUGUGUGUGUGUGUUUUUGCACGCGCGCGCCUGCCUGCGUGCACGUCCGUUCAGCGCGUGUGUGUGUGUCUGUGUGUGUACGCGCGCGCACAUCCGUUCAGUGCGUGCGAGUGUGUGUAUGUAUGUAUGUGUGUGUGUGUGUCCUGUGUUUUGCAGUUGACUCUAGACCUCAUCAUUUGCUGCCAAAUUGUUUUUUUUUUGGGGGUGGGAGGGGAUUUUACUUAAGGAGCAUUAAGUAAUAUCAGCAUUCUUUUUUUGUUUUAUAAGUAAGUAUUAUAACUGUUCUAUGGUCUUUUGGUUCAUUUUGCAACCAUCAGCUUUUUAUGAAGUGUGCCAGUCAUGGGGACCUCAAACCUCACGCCAGUUUCCAAUAUACUUGAGGGAACAUUUCACUAAAACACUUAUGUCAACCACGAAAUAAACAACUAAAUCCAUUUACUUCUUACUUCAAUUAAACAAUUUUAUGCUAUUUCUGAAACAUCAGUGGGAACUUACUGUAUGCUCUUAAGACGUGGGAGUGAAGCAGAAAAACAAACAAACAAACGAAAAAAACAAACAAACAAAAAAAAAACAAAAACAGAAAACUGUUUUAAAGAAUGCUUGUUUACUCAAACGAAAUGGACUCACGGUUCUGUCGGGUUUUUACUGUCCUCUGCGCUGGUUUUACGCGUGCAGCACUCACGUCCUCAUUGUUUGAGAAUAGCGAGGAGACGAUGUUGUGUUUUUAAACUCGAGUGUAAACCAGUGAAACCCCUCCCUCUUCUGACUGACAUGUGACAGGCCACGCCUCUGAAAGGGGUGGGAUCGGUCAAAGAACUUUUGAAGCGUUAAGUCUGAUUUACAAUACUGUAACAAUGAAUAAAAAACAUUGACUAUCUUGA